AUGGCAGGCCCUAAGGGAAAGAAGCAGCAAAAGCGCGGUGUCGACUUCAAAAAAAUAAAGCGAAAGAUUGGUAAAAAAUUGCCACCAGCAAAGAAUGCUACAAAUACUGAAAUUAAAUCCAAAGCAAUUAUUCUUCCCGAGCAGAGUGUGGCAUCAGAGAAGGCAGGAUUAGCAGUGAAUAAGAGAGGUUUAACAUUGAAAGAACUUCUUCAGCAAACAUCCCAUUACAGCUCAAAAGUUCGUAAAGAGGCAUUGUUGGGUAUUAAGGAUUUAUUUGAAAAGUAUCCAGAAGAGUUGAGGCUGCACAAGUAUGCUGUUAUUGAAAAGCUGCGUGAACGCAUUGGCGAUGAUGAUAGAGAUAAUCAAGAGCUUUUCGUUUCCUUGAUGAUGCCCUACAUAUUUAAUGCAAUGACACAUUUAGCAAUUGAUGUUCGGUUGAUGGCUUUCAAAUAUUUGGAGCUUGUCAUCCAGUACCAUCCACCUUCCUUUUUUUUGUAUGCUGAAAAGAUUCUUCAAAACUUUGAGGAUAUUCUGCGGCGGAACCAGUUUUAUUUAGAGGACAAGAAGAAGCUUGAGACUGCUCUUGCCGGGUUGGAGCAUUGCUUUUCGCUGUUGCCAUGUAACAAGAGAGAAGUCAGCUCAUUAGAAAAGAAUGAUGCUGGACAAAGGAUACUGCAUGCUUUUGAGCCCGAUUUGCCUGCAAAAUCUGCUGGAUGUUCUGUCAUCAUCCCAAAACUAAAAGACCUUGUGCCAGUUCUAGUCAAUUGUUUCCAGGAUUUUAUUCCGGAAGUUCAGAUGGGUUCACUUCUUGAUAAACAAUCAUUUGAUUGUAUGUUGUCCAUACUUCACAGUAUCAACCUUGCAGUGAAGUUCUUUUUCUAUAUGACUGAUGAGGGUAAAUUGGAAUCACGACCUUCUCAAGAGGGGCUUGAUGUGACUAUGUUGACUAUCUCUAUGACACUAUUGAAGAAGUUACUAGUUUUGUUUCCCCUUAACAUGACAAAUCAACUUUCAGAAAAGGAUGAUGUUGAAUAUUUUGGCUUGAACACUGAGUUGACAGAAAUAUUUUUGUACUUAAGCAAAUGGAUCUGCCCUCCUGCUAUUUUAUUGGGAAAAGUUUUAGAAUUUCUGGAAAAUUCUCUGCUUCGAAAGGUCUGCCCUGACACACGUAUUGGUAAAGCUUGGGAGAAGCGGGAGAAGCGGGAGAAGCUUGGGAGAAGCGGGAGAAGUGGGAGAAGUGGGAGAAGGGAGAAGUGGGAGAAGCGGGAGAAGCAGGAGAAGCAGAAGAAGCAGGAGAAGCAGGAGAAGCAUUUAAUUUCACUUCUUCCUUUUGUUCCAAAACUUGUUUCCCAAGUGCCAGAUGACUGGAAGUCUCGCCUUCUUCAGGCUUUUACUAAGGCAUUCAAGGACUGCAAUCAUGAGUGCCCUUUGAAGUUGGCUUGCCUUUCCAUUAUGGAGGAGAUGCUAGUUCCUAGACAAGACGUGCUGUACCUGGAUCCUAGUGUUCCUGAGAUAUUAGACUUUCAGAUUGCCUGGAUAAGAGAGCUUCCUAUGUUGCUGAUCCUGAUGGGUGAUAAAAACCCAUCCUGUUCCCAGGUUGUGUUGCACCUUCUACUUCGCCUGGGACAACGUUCAUUAAUGAACUCUUCCUUUGCAUGGGAAUAUGACAACGUGCAAUUCUCACUGCAACCGUUUUUCAGCACUCAAAAUGAUGGAAAUAUAUCGUAUGGUCCCUUUGUAAAGCUUCCCAGAGAUUCUCAGGAACUCUCUCUUUGCUGCCUGUUUUAUUUCUCUCAUUUGGAUUCACUUUUGCUGAAGUCAAUAGCUGAUUGUUGCCUUUGUCCGCAUCUGGAACAUCAUGUAUUAUUUCGAAUCAUAGAGGUCCUGCAUUCAUCUUAUAAAUCUGGGCAUAUCCAGAUUGCUGAUCACAUUAGUUUCCUUAUCACCUUGCUCUCCAGUUUCAGUGUUUUCCCAGGUACAUCUGACAAAAAAGAAAUUUAUCCUGUUAUAGAGAGUGAUGUGAAUAUCUCAAAAGAGAGUGAUGUGAAUAUCUCAAAAGGGAGUGAUGUGAAUAUUUCAAAAGAGAGUGAUGUGAAUAUCUCAAAAGAGAGUGAUGUGAUUAUCUUAAAUCGGAAGGCUUUGAAGUCACUCACUCGCAUUGUUCAGUCAUGCCUGUCAGAGAUGGGUGAUAAUUCUCUUGUUUUUCAGAUGCUAGAGAAAGUGAUACUUGAGCAAAUGUUACAAAUUCCUCCUCUAGACAAUGUUUGUGCUAUGCUUAGGAUGCUUAUUACACUGGACUCUAAAGCCACAAUAAUUUCUCAACAAGCUUUUAUAAGCCUAGGCAAUAUCCUUCCGUGGUAUCUGAUAGACAUUGUGCAUUGCACUGCUGAAGAGGAUAAGAAGGUCCCGGGUUCCAUUUGUUCAAGUGCAUGCUGUUAUUAUCUUACUCCUUGCUUUGUCUUAUUUGAUAAAAGUCACGAACUUCUGAAUGUUGUAUUGAAAACAUUGAGGUCAUGGAUAACUAAAAGUAGUUUGGCAUGUUUAACUCCUGAUCAAACCCGCUACACAACAGAAAUUUCAAGUAGGGUAGAUGCAGUCGUUUCCUUGCUUCAAUUGAUGCACAAGGAUGACAAAAUUUGGCAAAUCAUAUCUUCAUUCAAGGCGGAGAUUGACUGUAUCUUGGAAAGCAUCAUCGUUUUACAGUCCUCAAAAGAAAUCAGCAUGACCAUCGAAGAAAGGCACAUGGUGCAAUGUGCACUUGGUCGACUAAGGACAUUGCACAGUGGCAUGCAAGUAUAUGGAGCCCCUGUUUCUGGGAUGUUCUUUUCAUACUUGCAGCACUAUCUAAUUGUGGUGGAAGUGCAAGGAAUGGGAAGAGAAGGAGAUGAUCAAGAUCCUGACAGUAGUUUAGGGAAUGGCUUCUGGAUCAAUGUUGGUCGAUGA